AUGAAGAAAAGCAGGAGUGUGAUGACAGUGACGGCUGAUGAUAAUGUUAAAGAUUAUUUUGAAUGUAGCUUGAGUAAAUCCUACAGUUCUUCUAGUAACACACUUGGGAUCGACCUCUGGAGAGGGAGAAGGUGCUGCUCAGGAAACUUGCAGUUGCCACCACUGUCUCAAAGACAGAGCGGAAGGGCAAGGACACCUGAGGGAGAUGGCAUUUCCAGACCAACCACGCUUCCUCUGAUGACACUGCCAAGCAUUGCUAUUACAACUGUAACCCAGGAGUGCUUUGAUGUGGAAAAUGGCCCUUCCCCAGGUCGGAGCCCACUGGACCCACAGGCCAGCUCUUCUUCUGGGCUGGUUCUUCAUGCUACCUUCCCCGGGCACAGCCAGCGCAGAGAGUCCUUUCUGUACAGAUCAGACAGCGACUAUGACUUGUCACCAAAGGCGAUGUCGAGAAACUCUUCACUUCCAAGUGAGCAACAUGGAGAUGACUUGAUUGUAACACCUUUUGCCCAGGUCCUUGCCAGCUUGCGAAGUGUGAGAAACAACUUCACUCUGCUGACAAACCUUCAUGGAACAUCCAAUAAGAGGUCUCCAGCUGCUGGUCAGCCAUCUGUCUCCAGAGUCAACUUGCCAGAAGAAUCUUAUCAAAAAUUAGCAAUGGAAACGCUAGAGGAACUGGACUGGUGCUUAGACCAGCUAGAGACCAUACAGACCUACCGCUCUGUCAGUGAGAUGGCAUCUAACAAGUUCAAAAGAAUGCUGAACCGGGAGCUGACACACCUUUCAGAAAUGAGCCGAUCAGGGAACCAGGUGUCUGAAUACAUUUCAAAUACUUUCUUAGACAAACAGAAUGACGUGGAGAUUCCAUCUCCCACCCAGAAAGACAGGGAGAAAAAGAAAAAGCAACAGCUCAUGACACAGAUAAGCGGAGUGAAAAAACUGAUGCAUAGUUCAAGCUUAAAUAAUACAAGCAUCUCACGCUUUGGAGUCAACACGGAAAAUGAAGAUCAUCUAGCCAAGGAGCUGGAAGACCUGAACAAAUGGGGCCUUAACAUCUUCAAUGUAGCUGGAUAUUCACAUAAUAGGCCCCUAACAUGCAUCAUGUAUGCCAUAUUCCAGGAAAGAGACCUCCUGAAGACAUUCAAAAUCUCAUCUGACACCUUUGUUACCUACAUGAUGACUUUGGAAGACCAUUACCAUGCAGAUGUGGCGUACCAUAACAGCCUGCAUGCUGCUGAUGUGGCCCAGUCAACCCAUGUUCUUCUUUCUACGCCAGCUUUAGAUGCCGUCUUCACAGAUUUGGAGAUUCUGGCUGCCAUUUUUGCAGCUGCUAUCCAUGACGUUGAUCAUCCGGGAGUCUCCAAUCAGUUUCUCAUCAACACAAAUUCAGAACUUGCUUUGAUGUAUAAUGAUGAGUCUGUGUUGGAAAACCAUCACCUUGCCGUGGGUUUCAAACUCCUCCAAGAAGAACACUGUGACAUCUUCCAGAAUCUCACCAAGAAGCAACGUCAAACGCUCAGGAAGAUGGUUAUUGACAUGGUCUUAGCUACUGAUAUGUCCAAACACAUGAGCCUGUUGGCAGACUUGAAGACAAUGGUAGAAACAAAGAAAGUUACAAGUUCCGGUGUCCUUCUCCUGGACAACUAUACUGAUCGUAUACAGGUCCUUCGCAACAUGGUACACUGUGCAGACCUGAGCAACCCCACCAAGUCCCUGGAAUUGUAUCGACAGUGGACAGACCGAAUCAUGGAGGAAUUUUUCCAGCAGGGAGACAAAGAGCGGGAGAGGGGAAUGGAGAUCAGCCCCAUGUGUGAUAAGCACACAGCUUCUGUGGAAAAAUCCCAGGUGGGUUUCAUCGACUACAUCGUCCAUCCCCUGUGGGAGACCUGGGCGGAUCUGGUUCAGCCUGAUGCCCAGGACAUUCUGGAUACUUUAGAAGAUAACAGGAACUGGUAUCAGAGCAUGAUACCCCAGAGCCCCUCCCCACCACUGGACGAGCAGAACAGAGACUGCCAAGGUCUGAUGGAGAAGUUUCAGUUUGAACUAACCCUCGAAGAGGAGGAUUCUGAAGGCCCCGAGAAAGAUGGCGAGGGCCGCAGCUAUUUUGGCAGCACAAAGACGCUCUGUGUGAUUGAUCCAGAAAAUAGGGAUCCUCUGGGAAAGACUGAGGUAGAUAUCACCACAGAAGACAAGUCCCCGAGCGACACAUAAUCUCCCUCUUCAUGCGGAGAUGAACAUUCCACCCUUGACAAGCAUGCCAGCGGUAUGGUAGGGCCAGCCCGCCAUAGGGGCCAAGGCCUGCACGGGACAAAGGCCAUGUGGCCUUUCCAGUUACUUGAGUUCGGAGCCAGAAUGCAAGACCGUGAAGCAAAUAGCAGCAGCUCAGGAAAUUCCACGGUUGACUUGCCUUGCUUGCAAGCUGAGUGGAGAGCUGAAGCUUUCUGUGGUUCUGGAGGCCAACUGUGCAUCACGACCGAAUAGCUUGAAAGUGGAAGGAAGACACCAAACUGAGAGAUUUUUCUGCACUAUGUUUUGGGCAUCUGUCCCCUCUGGUGACUGAACUGACUAAUAAUGUCAUUUCUAAAUCUGCUUACCUGUCCCCUUGUCUGCCACCCUGUGUGCCUUUUUUUGUAAAACAUUUUCACGUGUUUAAAAUCCUGAUGAAUACCUAGAAUUUAGUAUCAGCUUCUACACAGAUAAGCAUUACAAGCUGACAAAAAAUUCUGACUCUUUCUGAGGGGGAAAAAAAAAAGGAAAGGAAAUUGUCUUCCUUCUUUCUUGGGCAAUAUCUUUUACUCAACUGCAGUUACUUUUGCAAAUAGAAAGGCUAUACUUCUAACCACAUUCAACUUCCUUCCCCUAUGGUUCCAAACAACUCCUCAGUUGCCCUUAUAACAGAUCUCUGUCUGCUUGCUUUGAACAGUACUUUUUCUCCUCUAGAAUUGCACUUCUUUGCUAUAAACAGAAUAAAGUUGAACAAACUAAGGGGUAGGAAUGGGUAGUUGUCUUGUUCACAGUAACAGUCUGUGUAGAAUUCCGCUUCACAAGGCAGUUGCCCUGUCGGGUCCUGAACCCCUGUGCCGCUGGGGUUGCAGGAUCCCCAUCCUGUUCUCUUGCUCCCCUCUUCAUGCUCACACCAGUUACACUGUUUCCAAUUUAAUGCUGCCGUCUUUCUCGUGCACUGCCUUCUGUGCUAACACCUCCAUUUCUGUUUAUAACCAUGUAUUUAUUACUUAAUGUAUAUAAUGUAAUGUUUUGUAAGUUAUUAAUUUAUAUAUCUAACAUUGCCUGCCAAUGGUGGUGUUCAAUUUGUGUAGAAGACUCUGCCUAAGAGUUGCAACUUUUCUUGUAACGUUUUGUAUUGUGUAUUAUUAUAUAACCUGAACAUUGCUGAAGAGAUGUCCCCCUCGCCAGUUGGGUCUGCCCUUUUCCUGGUCCGAGUUGCUAAUACUGCUCAACUCCUUCAUGAACUGGUUUUGAAAACAGGACUCUCACAUUAGAUACUAAUGGUUUCUACUGAGCUUUUACUUUUGUAUAGUUUGAUGGGGUGUGGGGGCAGUGGGCUGUGGUUUUUACCCCUGUUCUAUUCAAAUCUGUACACAUGAGUUGAGUUUUAACUGAGUUCUUCUAUAACUGAGGCUUCAGUUUAACAAGAAACACUACGUUCGGUUUAACAAGCAACUCACCAAUCAUUCUUCUGAGAGUCCCCAAACUACUGACUUUAAAGAGAAAGCUCCCAGCCUGCCAUUAAGCAGGAAUGUCAAUGUUCCGAUUAAUUACUAAAGAAAACAAUAAAAACAAUGUGAAUUUUACAAUGAAAUGUGAACUGACAUAGUAAAUUAUGCAAAUGUGAAGCUUCUGAUAACACUUGCUAGACCUCUGUCUGGCUUCAGUCUCUGUAAUAUCUAUAUCAUGCUUUCAGUUCAGCAUUGUGACUCAGUAGUUCAAGAAAUGGCACAAAUGUGCAUGACCAAUGGGUUUCUAUGUCUAUGAACACUGCUUAUUUCAGGUGGACAUUUUAUUGUUUUCCAAAGUUUCUCACAAUGUAUGUUAUAG